AUGGCUAGUCUAGACGACGAGCAAAUAGGCGAGCUCCGGGAAAUAUUUCGAUCAUUUGACAUGAACAAUGAUAAUAGUUUAAGUCAACUCGAGUUCAACUCCCUGCUACGAUCCCUCGGGCUAAGCCCGAGUCCGGAUCAGCUCCAAGCAAUUACGGAGAAAGCCGAUACGAACAACAACGGUUUGAUCGAGUUCUCUGAGUUUUUAGCUCUUGUGGCGCCUGAGCUGGCCAGGUCUCCGUACAGUGAGAAGCAAAUGCGAGUGAUAUUCAAGAUGUUUGAUCGGGAUGGGGAUGGGUUCGUUACGGCGGAAGAGUUGGCUGAUUCGAUGGAGAGACUGGGACAUAAGUUGAGUAAGGAGGAGUUGACGGGGAUGAUCGAAGAAGCUGAUGCUGAUGGGGAUGGUCAGAUUAGUUUCCAGGAGUUUUCUCAGGUGUUGAGUUUUGCUGCUUUUCAAAACUCUUGGACAUGA